AUGGACACAAUAAAUAUUCAUGCCAGCGGAGCGCAUUAUUUCUCCUCAUUUGACAAUGCCGAUUGCAGCGCCAGUGACAGAAAUGCCGGCAGAGAUUCAGAGGACUCUGCCACUGAUAUUUCCCGCAAGCCAACAGCGCCCAGGCAGAAGAUUAAUGCUAGGGAGCGUUACCGAACCUUUAACGUUAAUUCCGCUUACGAAGCGCUACGUUGUUUAAUUCCCACGGAGCCAGUGAACCGAAAAUUGUCCAAAAUCGAAAUCAUACGCUUAGCUAGCAGCUAUAUCACACACCUGCGCAGCACAUUAAACACCGGCACAGAUCGACAGCCCUGCUUAUUACACAAACGGAAUAACAGGAACGCAGAAGAAAUCAUCGGCGUAGCAGGGCGAUUAAACAUUUGUACAUUCUGCUUGAAACCAAAGUUACCAAAUGCUACGCAAAGGCUCAGCUGA